AUGCGUCGUUCUGGUGCUCCGCGUAUUCACCGCUUACCGCAGCGUUUGGAUUAUACUUUGAUUCCUGCUCCCCUUGCACUUCCUCUGGUGGAUGAAAAAGCAGUUCUUCCUGCUAUCAUCGUCACUCCAUCAUCUCCAUCUCAUGAUGGUGACUUUGCAAUUGCUUUUCUAAUGCCACCUCCUAAGCCCACGUUUCUGCAACGCGUAACUAAGCUGCUUCCGGCCCUGCCCCGUCCUCCAGCCCAGAUCCAGCUCCCGAUGACUCCCAAACCUGAGUCUCAACGGCUUUGGUCAUACACAACCCGCGCACGCGCCACCGUCCUUCUCAUCCUCCUCCUAUUCAUCAUGGCUUGUCACGUUGUAAUGCAUCAGCUUGCCUCUAGCCGGCCUCAUUUGGAGUUCGGCGUGCGUCCUGACAGUGAAUAUCUUGGCUUCGGCACACACGAUCCAGUGGAUUCUUCCAGUAUUACGGUUGAUGCCCACGUUCCAAAGGACCUGGAUCCACCAGCUGUUGGGGGAUGGUUUGACCUUAAUGCUCUUUGGGCUCCCGUAUCUGCCGCCGAAUCAAAACGAGCCCAUUUUAUUGUCUGGGAGACAGACCCGAGGGCGGCGUGA